GAGGCGGCAGAUCUGAACUUGCGGCGGAUAAAACACCAACUUUGAAUACUGCCGCCACCACCCCGCGCGUGCAGCAGAACUGAAUUUUUUCCCGGUACUUCUUUUUCUUCUUCUCCGAGCGAGACCGAAACUUCAAGAAGCACUUGAUCCCUUUUCUUGGAUUGUUUUGGAGGAAGAAGGUUUGGUGGCAGCGUUGGGAACAACCCGGACUGGUGUGGUGCUCUUGUUUUUAACGCGGCAGGAGAGGACCAGACUUUUUAAAUGUUUGGGAUUCAAGAUACUUUGGGAAGAGGACCAGCUCUGAAAGACAAAUCGCUGGGCGCUGAGAUGGAUUCGGUCAGGUCCUGGGUCCGGAAUGUCGGCGUGGUGGACGCCAACGUCGCGGCGCAGAGCGGGGUCGCCCUGUCUCGGGCCCACUUCGAGAAGCAGCCUCCUUCCAACCUGAGGAAAUCGAACUUCUUCCACUUCGUGCUGGCGCUCUAUGACAGGCAGGGGCAGCCUGUGGAGAUCGAGCGCACAGCUUUCGUGGACUUUGUGGAGAACGACAAAGAACAAGGCAACGAGAAGACCAACAAUGGCACCCACUACAAAUUACAGCUCCUGUACAGCAACGGCGUCCGCACCGAGCAGGACCUCUACGUGAGGCUCAUCGACUCGGUCACCAAGCAGGCUACUGUUUAUGAGGGACAGGAUAAAGGGGAGAAGUCGUGUUUGAUAUUAUUGGGCCAGGAAGGCUUAUGCAGAUUCUUUUUAAAAUUUUUUCUCAAGUGCAAUCAGAAUUGUUUGAAAACAGCCGGGAACCCCAGGGACAUGAGACGGUUUCAGGUUGUAUUGUCAACAACCGUGAAUGUGGAUGGACAUGUGCUAGCUGUCUCCGACAACAUGUUUGUUCAUAACAACUCUAAGCAUGGACGAAGAGCAAGAAGACUCGACCCUUCGGAAGCUACCCCCUGCAUCAAAGCCAUCAGCCCAAGCGAAGGCUGGACCACAGGAGGAGCCAUGGUCAUCAUCAUUGGGGAUAACUUCUUUGAUGGUCUCCAAGUGGUGUUUGGGACCAUGCUGGUAUGGAGCGAGCUGAUCACUCCUCAUGCCAUCAGAGUGCAGACCCCUCCUCGACACAUCCCUGGAGUGGUGGAAGUGACCUUAUCUUACAAAUCCAAACAGUUCUGCAAAGGAGCCCCUGGCAGGUUCAUUUAUACAGCAUUAAAUGAACCCACCAUAGAUUACGGCUUUCAAAGGCUGCAGAAAGUCAUCCCAAGGCAUCCUGGAGACCCUGAGAGGUUAGCCAAGGAAAUGCUGCUGAAAAGAGCUGCCGAUCUAGUGGAAGCCCUCUAUGGCACACCACACAAUAACCAGGACAUCAUUCUGAAACGAGCCGCAGACAUUGCUGAAGCCCUCUACAGCGUCCCCAGGAAUCCCAGCCAGAUCCCCGCUCUCUCCAGCUCUCCGGCUCACAGCGGCAUGAUGGGGAUCAAUUCUUAUGGCAGCCAGCUUGGGGUCAGCAUCUCAGAGUCAACCCAGGGAAAUAAUCAAGGAUACAUUCGCAACACAAGCAGCAUCUCUCCUCGGGGAUACUCUUCCAGCUCCACACCUCAGCAGUCUAAUUACAGUACCUCCAGUAACAGUAUGAAUGGCUACAGCAACGUCCCCAUGGCCAACCUGGGCGUUCCAGGGUCACCAGGCUUUCUCAACGGCUCACCCACAGGCUCCCCUUAUGGAAUCAUGUCCUCGAGCCCCACCGUCGGCUCUUCCAGCACGUCCUCCAUCCUCCCGUUUUCCUCGUCAGUUUUCCCUGCCGUCAAGCAGAAGAGUGCCUUUGCUCCCGUCAUCAGGCCCCAAGGCUCCCCGUCGCCAGCCUGCUCCAGCGGCAAUGGGAAUGGAUUCAGAGCCAUGACCGGCCUUGUGGUUCCACCGAUGUAAAGAAGAGGAAGAACUGCUUGUUUAUAGCACAGAACUACUUCUGCUGAUGGACUGAUAUCGAGGAAAGCACGAGGAGCCCUUUGGGAACGUCAUACCCCAAAUGAAUGUGACGGACAGGUGUGGGUAUGCCAGGAGCCUUCAUUUGACUGGGUCUCACCUUUCUUCUGUAGCUGCGACGGUGGCUACACAAACUGACCUUCUUGUGGACAAGGACAAAAAAAUGAUGUCGUUGACAUGGUCAGUGUGCUAAGAGCAGAAAUGCUAUCCUUUGUUAUGAACAUUACAAAAACCACCUUCCUCUGUUUGUAAAAUAUUGAAGAAAAAAAUUGGCAAACAAUUCAUGCUUAAUAUUUUGGAUACUAUUUGUUUUUCUUUGUAGGAAAAAAAAAGUUGAAAGUUUCUAUUUUCUAUGAAUCCUUUCAGAUACCAAUUUAGUUUAUGCAGAAAAAAAAUUGAACAAAACAGGGUACCAGCAUGGCAGACUUUCUUAAAACAAAACCUGA